AUGGGCACACUCCGUUGGCGAUCUUACCUCAAGAAUGAGAUCCAACCGCGACUACAGCAACUCAUUGCCGACAAACGGCAAGGUAUUCCGUUUCCAGUUUGGUCAUGGCACGAGAAGCCUCAUCCGAAACUCGAGGCGCUCUGGCAGAAUCAAUCCCUACCGAUGUUCGCCAAGCAACCUAGCGUCCUGCUGCAUGGUGCACUGCAGGACAACAUCGUUGCAGAUGACGUGGUGCAAGCGCUUCUCAAAGCGACGCGACACAGCGUCAUAUACGGUGCUUCACGCAGCGGUAAGACGGCUGUCGUGCUCGCAGCGCUGAGGAAGAAGUGGGGCGUAUACAUCCCCUGUCAAGUCCCGGGAGGCGGCGACAUUGGCUCUCAGGAUCUUGAAGGAACUAUCUUGCAAAUCAAGCAAGACAAGUCAUUUACAAACGACCUGUCCGGGGUCAAGACAGAAAACGCAGACCCUGCCGUAUUGAAGAAAGCCGUGCUGACCAACACAGGCAUUAUACGCAAGCGCAUCUUGCCAUUCCUCCUGGCGCGACUAUCUAUGAUGAACUUGUACCUGGACCUCGCCGUCGCUGCCGACCUCACGCUUGACCAACAGCUGCUGCUCUGGCUAUGUAUCCAGAUUUUCUUCCUCGACUGCUUCGCCAUUGACAUCUUUCAAAUAUUGACUGAUCACAUACGGAUCGACGACAAACAUGAAGAAGAACUGCGGGCGAUGUUGGCGACAGAACUACAAUCAAUCAAAGCCAAGGUCUCUCACGACUCCUUGCUCUUCUGUGUUGACGAGGCUCAGGCAGCCGUGUUCGGUUCGGAACAUUGUCUACGAUCAACGGCAGAGCCGGAUCAAACAAGACCGCUGCUCUCUGGACUCCUAAAAGCGCUAUCCGACAAGCUACCCGGACACCGUAUCAUUGUGUCUGGCACGGGACUCACAAUGAAUACCGUUGAAGGUGCACCGAGGUGGGCCACCGCAAAACUUCAAGCCUAUACCAUGUUCAACAGACUGGGUGCUUUCGAAAAGAGGGAAGAUAUCCGACAAUACAUCACUCGCUUUCUUCCUCAAACGGAAGAUUCGGAAGCCGUUUUGAACUUCUUCCACACAUGGUUGUCGGGCAGGUAUCGAUUUGCUGCGGGCGCGGUCGAAACACUUUUGGCGACAGGAUUUCAAGUCCCACGCAUCAUUCUCCAGAAAUUCGUAUUCACCAUCACCGACUAUACGGUCCCUAUACUCACUCAAUCUCCGGCAGCUGAAGAAUUAGCCAAGCGCCUGUGGUCAGGUACGCCAUUACCUCGUCGGCUGAACGUUGAGAGAUUGGAUCAGACCAAAUCUCCGUCAAACCCUAGGAUUUCGCUUCUUUCCAGGUUCAAGCAAAUUUUAUUCGAAUGGCUCCUCCAUACGAAAGUCGCUGGUGGUGCAAACAGAACGGAUGUUGAACUAGUGGAUCGAGGAUUUGUACGACUUCGGUGGAGAGAAUCGGACAAACCGGACAUCUGGGAUAUAAUUCCAGGGGAUCCUUUGGUGUUGUUGAGCGUGCUUGCAUACCUGGAAAACAACAGGGAAAGCAUUGAAGACUCGCCGGGCCACGACCUUACCCGGACGGAGGCGGGCGGUGUGGGCGGUCACUUUGAGUGCGCAUGUGUCUAUCACUUCGCCACAUGUUUUGGCAAGCCACGGCCACUCUCCGAUAUCUUCCUUGCUGGAUUGGGAGACUGCAAGUUGAAUCGCAAAUGUGAACUUGUGUCACUCAAUAUGAAGACAUCGACAUAUUCAAUCUACAGUUUUGACAGCAAGAGAAUAUCAGCUACCUCUGUUAAUCGCUACUGUAACAACUUUGCAGAGACGGACGAGUGGCUGACGAACCCAGAUGGAAUUCCCAUCUGCCGACCCGAUGAGUAUUUCGGCGGAGACAUCAUAUUCCUGUUACGGGAUGCAGACGGCAACGCAUUCUGGGUUAUCGUGCAAUGCAAGUGGACACCCCGGCUUCUACCGCUACAGGAACUGAAGGACGGAGCAAGCACUGUCUGUCCCGCACAAAUUUACAAGUCAUCUCCCCACCGACAAAAUCAAACGCGUGCGAAGAUGCUUGGCCUUCAGAACAUAGCAUCUGACCGGAAAAGCGAUGAGCUGCGCGUUCUUGAAGUCCUCGCUGUCUUGCCAGGAGACGCAAAGAUCGACCGUCUGAAGCAGUUUCGCCAAUGCUGCCACGGAAUCUGCCUUCUCGGUUCCUCGAGCGAAUUGACACAGCUCGUGCCAUUCGCAGUACCUUCAGGGCUUUAG